CUGGCCGCCAGUUACCGAAAGCUCUCCUCACGGGUUGGCCGCACGCGCCGAACGGGGGGCCCGCGAAGUGUUUACCUCACAUCCGCUUUUCCGCGUGUCCGCUUCCUCGAGUGAGUGUCGCCUCGCCGCGUCCCAGUGAAAUGAGUAAGAAGUUAGUGUACGAGCCGCACCCGGAGCUCGCGGCCGGGGCCCACGUCAAGUCGCUGAGCGAGUACAAGGCGCUCUACGCCAAAUCGAUCGAGGAGCCCCGCGAGUUCUGGGGGGAGGUCGCCAAGCAGUUCCACUGGGAGACCCCCAUCGACCCCGAGAAGUUCUUCUCCUACAACUUCGACCUCAAGAAGGGGCCCGUCUUCGUCAAGUGGCUCGACGGGGCCUCCACCAAUAUCUGCUACAACCUCCUCGACAGGAAUAUCAGGAACGGGCUCGGGGACAAGAUCGCUUUCUACUGGGAGGGAAAUGACCCAGAGGACUACAGUCGGCUCACUUACAAGAAGUUGCUGCAGGAAGUGUGCAAAUUCGGCAAUGUGCUCAAAGCUCGAGGGGUCGAAAAAGGGGAUCGGGUAGCGAUCUACAUGCCCAUGAUCCUGGAGCUCGUCGUUGCGAUGCUGGCCUGCGCCAGGAUUGGCGCCAUCCAUUCCAUAGUCUUCGCAGGAUUCUCAAAAGAUUCACUAGCAGAGAGAAUGCAUGACUGUCAAGCUAAAGUCUUGAUCACGGCUGACUUUGUGUAUCGAGGAGAGAAACUUCUCAAACUUAAGGACAUCUGUGAUGCUGCCCUGGAGGGAUGCAAGAAAAUGGGCCAUGAAGUUGAAACUUGUGUUGUUGUGAAACACCUUUCAAGAUUGAGCGCUUCGAUUUCGGCCAAUAACAACAAGGUGAAUGGAGUUAACGGCUCAAGUCAAGAUGUGGAGUGGGUAGAGGGUCGAGAUGUUUGGUGGCAUGAAGAAAUGGAGGAAGCGUCAGACUUCUGCUAUCCUGUCUGGGUCAGCGCUGAAGACCCAUUAUUCAUGCUUUACACAAGUGGCUCAACAGGCAAGCCAAAAGGUGUUUUACACACGACUGGUGGUUACUUACUGUACGCUGCAACAACCCACAAGUAUGUGUUUGAUUACAAACCUGGGGAUGUUUACUGGUGCACCGCAGAUAUUGGUUGGAUCACCGGUCACACAUAUGUUGUCUAUGGACCCCUUGCAAAUGGAGCAACUUCUGUUAUUUUUGAAGGCACACCAUUUUACCCAAGCAAUGACAGGUUUUGGUCUGUGAUUCAACGAUAUAAGGUGAACCAAUUUUACACGGCCCCUACAGCCAUUCGAGCAUUAAUGAAGUUUGGCGAUGAACCUGUAAAAAAGUAUGAUUUGAGUUCCUUAAAAGUCCUUGGUUCCGUAGGAGAACCAAUCAAUCCAGAGGCUUGGUAUUGGUUUUACAACCUCAUUGGAGGUGAGAAAUGUUCGAUAUCGGACACUUUCUGGCAAACAGAAACAGGUGGACAUGUCAUCACUCCUCUCCCUGGCGCUACACCAAUGAAGCCUGGAUCUGCUACUUUCCCCUUCUUUGGAGUCAUCCCUGAAUUACUCAGUGAGGAAGGUGAACUAAUUGAAGGUGAGGGUGAAGGUUAUCUAGUCUUUAAACAGCCAUGGCCUGGAAUCAUGCGAACGCUGUUUGGAAACCAUGAGCGUUUUGAGUCUGUAUACUUCUCGAGGUUCCCUGGUUACUACUGCACCGGAGAUGGCGCAAGAAGAGAUGCAGAUGGGUAUUUGUGGAUAACUGGUCGAGUGGAUGACAUGCUGAAUGUUUCCGGUCAUCUUAUGUCUACUGCAUCAGUCGAGGCACUUUUAACAGAGCAUCCAUCAGUCGCAGAAGCUGCAGUUGUUGCGCGGCCACAUGCAACGAAAGGCGAAUGCCUCUAUUGUUUCGUUACACCUAACCAAGGCGUUGAAUUCUCUGAUACCCUAGUCAAAGAGCUCAAGCAGUCAGUGCGAGAGAAAAUUGCAGCUUUUGCCGUUCCUGAUGUAAUCCAGUAUGCUCCUGGUCUCCCCAAAACUCGUUCGGGGAAAAUUAUGCGCAGGAUAUUGCGAAAAAUUGCUGUCAACGACAGAAACGUUGGGGAUAUCUCUACGCUAGCUGAUGAAAGUGUUGUAGAAGCUCUUUUCAAAAACCGCCCCGAGUCGUAAAAUAGUUGUAGUAGGUCAAAAAAGAUCCCUGAGAGAAUAAUACAGCAAGGCACUUUGAGGAUCUGGUUCUCUCUAAAUUUUUUUUGCGAUAAUAGCCAAGAAGUAUGUCUUGGUUAAUUAUUAAGUUAGGUUGUAUUUAUUCUGUAUGAGUUAAUGGUUUUCAUUAAACUCGGGAACCUCCCUUGCUGUACUGUUCAACCUAUUUCUGGGCAUCUCACCCUCAGUAAUGUAUUGUAAACAUAUUUAUUACCUCACAAGCGAGAAUUGUAUGAUCUCCAGUAGUUCAAUUACAUUCUAGUUGCUAUCAGAUAGUUGUUGCAUUCCGACGUAAGUCUUUUGGAAAAUCAAUUCUUUGUAACACUUGUUAUAAUUUCUCACAUCGAUUGUUCUAGACCACUAUUCUUGACUGCUUUCUCAAAAUUGCUCAUCAAUUUUAGAUGUAGAAACUUAUUUGAAAGUAUAGAAAGGGAACUAAUGAAACCUUUAGGACAUCUAAAUGAACUUGUAUAACUCAUAGUAAGGUUUCAGAAAUGAGAGAUUUUGUCUGACAUUUGCUAGCAAAUUAAUUUUGUCACUCUAUAAACAUCACGCAAGGAUAUUUUAAUAUGUUUGUUUCCUUUUUUUUUUAAACCAAAAAAUUUGGAUUUAGCACAUUUUAAUGCAGCACAAGUAGAUUGUAAUGGGGGAAAAAUUAUGAUUUCAUAUUUUUUUGGAAAAGUUGAACUACAAAGCAAACAGCUAUUUUCUCAUCUCAAAAUUCAACAGCUUUUAAGGAUAUUCAAGCAAAAUAUUGAUUGUAAAAACAUUAUUGAGGUAAGAAAAAAUAUACAUGUACAUACAUUAUAUUCAUUCCACAGAUAUUUACAUUACAAUUUGAUGUAUUAUUCUAUUAUUGAAUGCUCAGAAUCGUUCCGAAGCCAGAGGGUUUGGCCAAAAAAUCUCUGGGAAAAUUUUGGAGUAACUCAUUUAGAUUCGUGAGGAGAGAGAGAAAAAAUUCAAAAAUGAAAAUUAGUGCAAAUGUAAAAUUCUUCGGCCUUGACGAAGUUGUAUUAUUAUUUUUCAACUAGAAAUUGACUCACGCCAGUUUUUGUACCAGUAGUGACUUAGUUUAUUUCAAUCGGGGAACACUUAUUUUGAGCAUUGCAUCCGUUACGGUGUCUUCGAUGGAAUUUGCCAGAAAAGAGCAAUUUAGGAAAAUACCAGACCAGUUUUUUUAAGUUUUUUUUUUUCUAUCUGAAUAAUAAAUAAAGACUACGUAUCCUAAGGUAUCAUACGAACCUUUAGUAUUUACUUGGAUGGUCAAUAAUAUUUUUGGAAACAAAUGAUUUACCACUGAUGAAUUUUUAACUUUCGGAAAAUUUUCUAGAGAAUACCUUUCAGAUCAACUUGGAGGAUUUAUAACUCUUAGUUAUCGCAUCAGAAUAAGAAGAAACGAUGUCAAAAUUUUUACCAGUUUGGCUUCACAAGUCGUAUCGCAAAGUAAUGAUUGUUUUAAAUUUUGUGCAAAAGUUUUUCCCAGAAUGGUUGAUAAAAUAAUCAGUAAAAUUCUGAUUCAAAUUGUUAUGUACAGUGAUUGGAUGAAGAGAAAGCAUGAUUGAUUCAUGCUAGAAAGAAGAGAACUAUUGCUCCGUUUACGUGUGAAUACAAGACUAUAAUUUGACUUGGUGAAGGACAUAUCACCGGAGAAUGUUAGGUACUUUCUCAGCUUCAAGUCGGUAUUUAUUUUUUUUUUCUUUAAAAAAUAUAAUUGUAUCUAAUAUAACAGCACAUGUGUCUUUAGCCUGCAUUUAGAUUACGCAUUCAAAUGUUUAUUUAUUUGUAAAAAUAUUUUUGGAAUGUAGGAGCUGCUACAUAACUGUGAAAUCUAUUCAGGAAAAAAAAAUUGACUUAACUUGAAUAACUUUUGUCACUUUUUUUUUAUCAUUUCUGCAAUGCACAGAGCUUCAAAUCUCUUAGUUUCACUGAUCAAGAUUAUGUUUAUUUGUAAUCUGGUCUUAUGGCCAGUUUUCGAGAUUUUUUUGAUCUUUGUUCCUCUUUUUCUCACUGAUUUGCCAAUUUUCUUAAAGUUUCGAACUAUAGAGAGACUUUAUUUGGAACCAUGAUUUUUUAGUGACUGAAUCAAAUUUUUCUUAUUACUUAUGAUAAAAUAUUUAUGAUGAUGAUGAUGAUGAUGAUGAGUGUGAGCUAUCUUAACCUAAUUACCAUUGUUCAGUCAUUUCUUAUUGGAUCAACGCGAUGGGAAGGCGUGCCACCCAAAAUGUAUAUUCUGUAAGACUACGACAGUUAAACUAUUUAUUCUGCCGAAUAUUCCCAUAGCUUUGUUCGUCAUCUCACUAAUCCUUCAGGAUGAUGCCCUAAUAUUUAACUUCAUGAUCCCAUUCAGGUGAAUUCUAGUCCUAUGAAACCUCUAAUCGGUGUGGCUGUAAUUUUAAAUUUCAGCCAUCCUGAGCAUUCCUUGUUUGCUCACGCAUAUUUUUAUAAGAGGAUUUUUAGCACAAAUUAAUUUUGCCCUGAGUCUUUGGAGGAACUUUUUAUAACUACCUAUUUUGAUUGCCAUCGAAAGAAAGAGUUGCAAGGGUUUCAAUUACCAAUGUUGAAAUUUUUAAAUUAAUAUUGAAUUCUGUCAUGAAUUUCAAAAUUAUAUUUUUCAUUAACGUCUUACCUUGUAUUUAAUUUGCUUUGUAAAAGAAUGGAAUAUUCUGCCAAAAUAAUCUCUGUAUAUUGUAAUUUACAGAAAUCUAUCAAAAUGUGUUUUAAUUUCUCGUCUGAAAAUCUGCUGAAGGGUUCAGAAACCAAGACAUUGAGACUGGACACAAUGGAAAAAAAUCUCAUCUUCAGCCUUGCUGAAAGUUUGAACUACCUUGUCUGGGGUUUGAAAACUUGGGUCUUCAACAUAAUUCGUGCGGCCUCGAAAAAAGCUCGAUUUUUCAAUUGUUUUUUAUCACCUUGAAUGUGCCUGAUUUCAUAGUAUGUCCUUGAAAAAUCCCUUAAUUACCAUGAUAAUUAUCACAAUAAAUUCUAUCUUUUAAGGGAUAUCAAAACAUUUGAUUCCAAA